AUGUCUUCUCGUCAUCAAGCAAUAGAACAACAUGUUACAUUCUGGGAUAUGGACAAAUAUGCUGCAUUAAAGGCACUUCUUGCGGUCACUAUGCUGAGUGCAGAGCUUAAUACAUUCAAAGCCCAGUUUCACAUAACCGACAUAGACUUUAAUCAUUUUCACAGGGAUGAACUUGAUUAUUUGAAAGCAACAAAGCAGCUUUUGGACAGAGAUUGGCUGUAUACACGAUAUAUAGAAGCACUAGAUGAGCUCACAAAAUACUGUGAAGAGUACAUGUCAGCACGAGCAGCUGCGAACAAUGCUCUAACAAUGAGCAUAAAUGGGGACAUGAGGGCCAUACAAGAAAGCCUCAUAAAAGCACAAAAGUGUAUUGAUACUGUUUUUGCGCAAUUGCAAAAUGCUGAAUUAAUGACGGGUGAUUUGGAAGUUCAACUCAAUGUUGAAAAAAUAUGGGAAGUUGGUGACAACAACUACAAUCACUACAGACAAGAAGCUACCAUGGUGAAGUAUAGGGCUGCUCUUGAUGAACUUGAGCGUUCCGUUGUCAAGCGGCUAUUUGAGCUUUCAAAACUAGCCUUAUCAGGCACAGGUCAAAUCAGCAAGGGACUACAACGUAGAUCAGAAGCAAAUCAUAAUGCAAUUAAACACUACAAUACCCAGGCUACUGCUCUCGACCCUCCACAUCCAAAAAUAGUAUGGAAGGAUAUUGUUGAGUACAGCUUUCUUGCGGAGUUUGAUCUCCUCCGUUGUUCGCAUACAGAUAUCCGCAGUGAAGUCUGGACAAAACCAGCCUAUUGA